CGAAUGACAUAUGUGAUUUAUGGCGCUGAGUACUUCCUAUUUUUUUUUUCUUCCUUCAUACUUUUUCACCGACAUGAAAUCAUUUUGAUUUUCACGCGAAUCAUCAUCGAUUGAAGGUUAAUGGUAAUUCCCGUUGUUGAUCCUAAACUAAGGAUAAGUCGUAGCGAAAUUCGAGCGCGUCCGGACGACGAGAUGGAUACCGAGCACGUCUUGAAGAACGGCAUCGGACGAUGUUUGAAAUUAAUAGUAUCGGGAAACAACGCGGCCAUCAACGACGGCUGGCUGAUGCUGGAGAAUCUGAAACUGGACAGUCGAGAACUCAGCCAGCUGAUCGAUUGCGAGGAUAUGCUGAGGGAUAUUCUCAGGAGUCACGUACACAACGUGUCGGAGAUGCCGAAAAUCUUGGUGUGGAUGUCGACGUAUAUAGUUGAGAAACGUUUCAACGUCAAUCCAAUUUCCAACGAUGUUGCCGUGCUGCUGCGAAAGACUGACAUCGGUGACAUGUCGCGAUUGACCGAGCUUCUGAACACAUUGUUGAAUAACAGAGUGUACCUGCCCAAAUCGGCGAAUCACACAAAACUCUGCGAAGCGAUAGUCAUGAGCCUGUCUUCCUUCCAAAUGCCCUUGGAGCCGAAAAAAAUUUUAGAUUUCUACGACAACACUACCAAGAUUCAGCAUUUUCUCAAAAUACUAUGCUCGAACACAAAGAACGGAGAACGUGACAUUCUAAUGUUUACUUGUCUUCAAACCUUAUACAAUAUCAUUUCGGAUACAAACAGAAAGCAAGAGCCAGGUCCAGGCCUUGCUGCUAUAUUGCAGUUGGUAGAAUCUUCCGUUAUACCGCAGGCAGUAGAUUGGAUUUUGUCCCAAUCUCACUCUGAUCAUCAGUUAGUGCAGGCCUUAAAAGUUUUAUGCAAUUGGCUUCCACAAUGGCGUGAAGAUCGACUUAGCGUUUGGAUAAUGGAGUUUAUACGUGGUUUGGAGAAACAACACAAAUAUUCCACUCUUCUUGAGCUUACAGAAUCCUCGGUAGAUAUAGUAAUGUUAAUGUGCAAAGUAUUACUGAUACCAAUAAUUCGCCAGAAUGCUUCCAAUAUUAUAUUUUACAUUUUAAAAAGACAAAGCUCGUUGUCAGUUGUUCAAAGUAUAGUUAGAAGGAUACCAGCAUUGAUAAAAGAUUUGAUGAAAGAAGAUUCGGAUUCCAGUAAGGAAUGUAUACAGAAUUUAGUCGACAUUAUGAAAGUAUAUAGUAAAAGAUUUUCGACUUGUAUACCGGCAUGUGGAAGUGCAGAGAAUUAUCCUUACCCUGUAUCACCACGGAUGCAAGUUGUCAGAGAGCUUUAUAGGGAGCCGGUAUGGAUAGAUGAAACAAAAGAGUUUGAACCAAUCGUGGAACCAGAAAGGCCAUUGUCUGGAAAAGUUGGACUCUCCAAUCUCGGAAAUACUUGCUAUAUGAAUAGUGUGCUGCAAGCCUUAUUAAUGACUAGACAAUUUUGCCAAGAAGUAUUGAAUUAUCAUCCUUUAAAUGAAGCAGGAAAAACGCCCUUGCUGGAGAGACUGCAAAAUUUGUUUGCAUUAUUAUUAUACUCUAAAAGAAUAUGCUUGGCGCCUACUGAAGUAUUACGAGCUUCACGACCUACAUAUUUUUUACCUGGACAGCAGCAAGACAGUUCAGAAUUUCUCUGUCAUCUGUUGGAUGUUUUGCAUGAGCAAGAAAAAUCUGCUAAUACAAACUGUGGAGGAAAUGAUAAUACGGCAACUCUGAAAUGCAAGGCCGAAAAACAAGAAGAUAAUGUAACGUUGCCAAUAGAAUCAACAAAAGGUAUUAAGCGUUGGACAACUGAAGAAGACCUAACGGAAGGUUUGGCGUUGCAACGGAAAACGCAAUCAUUGGCGGACUUUACACGAGGUGAAGAGCUAGGACAGCGUCUCAGCGAUUCUCAUUCAGAUUCGACGGACAGCGGUAUACAAUCCGUGGGUGGUGAAGAAACGGGCACAUAUACGUCGCUUGUUCAUAGAGUACUGGGUGGGGAGUGUCAAAUCACAUACCAAUGCGCACAAUGUGACACUAGUUCUCGUAAUACGGACAAAUUUCGCGAUCUGCAAUUGUGUUUUCCUGAAGAGAUACAAGAAAAUCAAGAAGUUUCUGUUCAGGAUCUCAUCAACUAUUAUCUCACGCCGGAGAAGUUAACGGGAGAGAACAAGUAUCGAUGCGACAAAUGUACGAAAUUGUGCGACGCGCAGAGAAUCAUUACAAUUCUACAGGCACCCGCGCAUUUGGUUCUGACGUUGAAACAUUUCCGGUACGAUUUUGACACGCGAUUGAGGACGAAACUUCGGCACAAAGUGAUAUAUAACGAUACCAUACGGUUGCCGGUAUCGGCGAUACCGUGUACCGCAGCCGAGACGUAUCAUUUGUACGCCGCUGUCGUGCAUUCUGGGUAUAGUAUGGAUUACGGACACUAUUUCACGUACGCUUGUGAUUCUAAGCAGAAUUGGUACAAAUUUAAUGACAGCUUCGUAACUCAGACCACGUUCGAAGAUUUCAAAAGCUUGAAACCGCCCGACACACCUUACAUAUUGUUUUAUGAAAAAUCGGGAGUUCGCGACGGGAUCUACGAAGAUGACAAACCCGAAUUGUCGACUCUGAGUAAACAUAUACAGGAACUGAUAGCGGAUGACACUACGGAUUACAUAGAGGAGCUGAGACGCCGAGCGAUAACGUCGCAACGUAGCCAACUUCCAACAAGAUCUUUAAGACAGCAUAAUAAUUCCGACGAUGAUAAUCCGCCACCUAGUAGCUGUCGCGGUGCAAUGGACGUCCCAGCGAAUCGUUUCCUUUAUUAAAUGAGAUUCUAUAUUACAUGAGAAAAUGGCAAGUCUUGCCAAUUGCGUGAACAACUCUGUUCUAACAAUAAGUAUUUUAUAUAUGUGUAGAUAAAAGAAUUACAAUCAUCACAAAAUAAUCUUAGAAAGGCGCAUAUUAUGGUUCUACACCAUAUCGUAUCGCUAUGGAAAACUUUUAUAAGAAUCGGUAUUAUUUUGCAUUUUACAUCUACAAAAUGGAAUAUACAUCACUGUACAUGUUCAUCACACUACUGUAGCUUGACGAUAGUUACGAAAAAAAAAAAGUUAUGGCAGCUAUACGAAAUAGAAUGCGAAGUGGAAACAUCCAGAAGUCGAAUCUAUGCAAAACGGAUUUGUAUGUACAUAAAAUAUAAACGAAUACAUGAGAAUAAUAUUUAUACGAACGCAAGCAGAUACGUUUAUGUACAUGAGAGAUAAGAACGCAUUAAGGCUAUUACAAAUUAAUGUUUCUACUUUCCAAUUAUUAAUAAUGUAUAUAAAAAAAUGUGUUUAAUUGUAUUUUUAAAUUUAUGUAUUAUUCAGUGAUUUUUAAAUUUAUGUGUUAUCCACUGAUUUUUAAAUUAUGUGUUACUAAAAAAGAUAUCGCAUAUACUCUCCAAUACAUCUUAAGCUUUCAUCUUAUCCGUAUUGUUUUUCUAAAACUUCAUAUUAAUUGUGCGCGCGCGUAUAUGUGUAUGUAUGUGUGUGUGUACAUUAUUAAAUUAUAUUCCCUUAAAUACAAUUAUACCCUCGGCAAAUAUUUGAUGUUUUCGAUUCAACUAAAAUUUUAUUAUAUAUACUGAAUACCACUAUUACUUCUUGUGUCACACAUAUGCUCAGUGCAAUAUUGUAUGUAUCUCUUUUAACUAGCAGUAAAUUUUGAAGAUAUA